AUGGUAACGGCGGGAAGAAGCAAUGCCGCCGCCCCGGCGGUGGCGGUGGCGGUGGCGCUGUGCGCGGCGCUGCUCGGGAGCACGGCGUGGGCGUUGCCGCCGUACCAGCCCCUGCCCCUGCCCAAGCCGCCCGGCGGCGGGGCGCCGUCGCUGCCGGCGGGGCCCCUGGACAUCGUGAUGCUUGGGGCCAAGGGCGACGGCAAGACGGACGCGACGCAGGCGGUGAUGAAGGCGUGGAAGAACGCGUGCGGGGCGACGGGGACGCAGAAGAUCGUGAUCCCGCCGGGCAACUUCCUGGUGGGCGCGCUGGAGCUGUCGGGCCCCUGCACCUCCUCCAUCAUCAUCCGGCUGGACGGCAACCUCCUCGGCACCGGCGACCUCACCGCCUACAAGAAGAACUGGAUCGAGGUGAUGCGCGUGGACAACUUCGCCAUCAACGGCCACGGCGUCAUCGACGGCCAGGGCCCCCUCGUGUGGGAGAAGAACAUGUGCAGCAAGCACUACGACUGCAAGAUCCUCCCCAACAGCCUGGUGCUGGACUACGUGAACAACGCGACGAUCCGCGGCAUCACGCUCAAGAACGCAAAGUUCUUCCACCUCAACCUCUUCAACUGCAAGAACGUGCUGGUGGAGAACGUGGAGAUCACGGCGCCCGGGAACAGCCCCAACACGGACGGCAUCCACAUGGGCGACUCGGAGGACGUGACCAUCAAGGCGACCAACAUCGGCGUCGGCGACGACUGCAUCUCCAUCGGGCCCGGCACCAAGCACGUCAAGAUCCACGGCUCCCGGUGCGGCCCCGGCCACGGCAUCAGCGUGGGCAGCCUGGGGCGGUACAAGGACGAGAAGGACGUGGAGGACAUCCAGGUGACCAACUGCACCAUCAAGGGCGCCACCAACGGGCUGCGGAUCAAGUCGUACGAGGACUCCAAGUCGGCGAUCAGGGCCACCCGCUUCGUGUACGACGACGUCAAGAUGGACAACGUCUCCUACCCCAUCGUCAUCGACCAGAAGUACUGCCCCAACAACAUCUGCGCCAAGGCCCCCGGCGCCUCCAAGGUGGUCGUCGCCGACAUCGUCUUCAAGAACAUCGUCGGCACCUCCGCCACGCCCGAGGCCGUCACGCUCAACUGCGUCAACAACGUGCCCUGCCAGGGCCUGCAGCUCGUCAACGUCAACCUCAAGUACACCGGCACCAACAACAAGACCAUGGCCGUCUGCAAGAACGCCGUCGGCACGUCCGUCAACGUCGUCAAGGAGCUCGCAUGCCUCUGA